UACGAAAACGAUAAAGUCGGACAAGAAAAUACGAAUUCGAUCGGAUCAAAUAUAGAAAGCGGUUCAGUUCGGUUCGGGAUAUUUCCGUUCCGUUUUCAUCCUUACUUCCAGCCCAUGACACAAGGCACAGCCCAUACACCUCCUCUCUUCCUUCGAAAAAAAAAAGGAAAAACACCUCCUCUCUUCUCCGGCGGCGGCGUGGAGGGGUCGCACGAGCGAGGAUCCUUCUUCUUCUCCGGCGGCGGCGCGGGGAUAGAUUGCGCGAGUGCCUGAACGCGCGAGUUUGAGUUUGAGCUUGCGUUUCGCGAGCCCGAUCUCUCGCCAAACCCUAGCCUCCCAUCCGCCGUCUUCCUCCGCUAACCGCCGGCGAUGGCUGGCCCCCACCGUCAGGUCACCGGCACUCAUCUACAUUCCGAGCGGAUUAGGCUUCCCUUGGGUGGCAAUGGUGAAGGUCUUUCGCGACGAGGAAAGCCGAUACUACGAGGACCAUCCUCUCCUGAACGUGCAGUUUGCCAACCACAAGCAUCUGGACAAGGUCUGCAUCUGCAAGAUCCAUGUUUUGCAUCCUCAAAGGACUUGCUUGACACUACACCAUUGGAAGAGUCGAUCACUGCUGUUCCACAGACAGUGCCACAUAACACCAUUGACGGCACACCUACCACUUCCCCAUCCUGUUAUGAGAAAUUUGUGGCGGGUACUACGGAAUCCCUACCUGCAGUGCAAGACGUAGAUGGUUCAUCCUUGGACAAGUUUAUUGACGAAUUUACCACCGCCGAUGGCUUUCAGCAAUCAGCUUCAUCUAUUGUGUCACGUGAAGAGUUGAUGACUGCAAGUUCAGGGACAGUGUCACACAACACCAGAUUGUCCAGCUUUUCCAUCUUUAGCUGUGAGAAGUUUGUGGCAGGUGCUGCUGAGUUUGCAUCUGGAAAGGCAUUGCAAGAUCCACAUUUUGCAUCAUCAAAGGCGUUGCCCGAUACUACAUCAUUGGAAGAAUCGAUUACUGCCGUUCCACAGAUAGUGCCCCAUAAAACUAUUGACGGCUCACCUAGUACCCUCCAAUCCAGUUAUGAGAAAUUUGUAUCUGGUGCUGCAGAGACCAUACCUACACGGCAAGACCGAGAUGUUUCAUAUUUAGAUAAGAUUCUCGAUGAGAUUUUCUACAGUUCAUCAGAGACUAUCACUGCCGUUCCAAAGACUGUGUCACAUACCACUAUCGACGGCUCACCUAGCACUCUCCAAUCCAGUUGUGGGAAGCUUGUGUCUGGUUCUGCAGAGACCACCAUACCUGCACUGGAAGACCAAUAUGAUUCAUUUUUAAAUAGCGCUAUUAAUGAGCUUAUUGCCGAGCUUGUUGACAGUUCAUCGGAAGAGUCGACCACUGCUAGUCCACGGAUAGUGCCCCAUAAUGCCACUAAUGGCUGUCAGCAAUCUGCUUCAUCUAUUGGCUCUAAAAUUUUGAUCCGACGUCAUAUGGAUUGCUAUCAGGCAUUUUACAUUAGGAUGGACCGAAUGGGAUCUUUCUGGACUUACCCUGACGUAGGUGGGCCAUUUCCCAGCAUACACGAAGCUGAGGUUGCUAUCAUCUACUUUAUUAAUGUACUGCGGUAUGGAGCAAGGUGCAAGGAGCAAUAUGAUUUAUCUCGUGGGGAUAGUAAUUACCCUUACUUUCUUAAGGGCCCACCAAAGAGAGAUCCCAAUUGGCAAAGUAGUAAGAAUACCUAUGAUGAAAAACAAUAUUUGGUUCAAGCUUUACUGGACCAGUAUAAUAGUGACAACGAUCUUUUUGGGGAUCUUGCACAUGAACUUAAAGAUCUUUUGAAGUGGCACUGGAUUGAAGAGGAUCCUUGGUGGUAUUAUCAUUUCAAUUUCACAACGAAGCGAAAGGCUGAUGAUAGCACUGACAACAAACUAUUCUUUGCUGAAGUGUCACAUUUUCUCGGAGAAAAGGCCUUUGAGAUCAACUGUUGCUGCAUUAUUGAAACUGAAGAUGAUGGUGAUCAAUGCCAUGGUUGUAGAAACAACAGGGAUCCUAUGAAACACCCCAAGAAUACUAAUGCAUAUACUGGAGGUCACUUUGUUGAGGGUCCUGGGGUUAUUUUGUCUGAUUACGAUGAUGAUGACGAUUAUGAUAACUAUGACGACGACGAUGAUGACGACUUCGACUUUGACGUUGAUGAUGGCGAUGGCGUCAACAGCGACAGGGAGGAUGGGGAUGAGGAGGUGGACGACAUUGUAGAGGAUUGUAAUGUGGGGCACACUAGACCGACUGUGUUAGACGUUGUAUGUGUAUAGGCAUAUCUUGGAGUGGGUUAUGAGUCUGGGGAGACAGGGUUUCUUUGAUCUGGUUUCGGAUGUAUUUUCCAUACAAGUAAUAUUUGUUGUUGAGCUGUGAGACACCGAAGUGAGGGAAAUCGAUCUAGGCAUGUGGCGACCUUUUUUGUUUUAAAAAAUGAAAGGCAUGUGGUGAAGUCA